GUCAUUUGGCAACCUAGGGAGGGGAUAUGAUAGGAAGAAAGUGUUUAUCCAAAGCACGGGAAUAAACCCCCCCCCCCAAAAAAAAAUCAUCGCAGAGUGAAGCAUCCAAGUCCUCCUUGGCAAAAGGGAAGGACCAUGACUGAAAAUGGCCCUCGCACAGAGGCGCCACUGUACUUUGAGGUGGAGGUGGAUGACGAUGAAGAUAAGAUCCACUUCGACAAGGCCGAGCACCUGAUGGCCGAACCCUCAUCCUCGUCAUCCUCGUCGGGCCGAGUCUACGACCGCACCACCGUCCUCAUCGAGCGGGACCCCAUCCGGCUGGACGAGGAGGGCGAGGAGGAGGGUCACUGUGGAGGCGAUGAAGACGGGGUCACUUUCCUCACUGAAGGCGAGGGAGAUGAGGAGGAGGGGUCGCUGGCCUUCAUGACAGACCCGGACGCCAUGUCGCAGGGUUACGUGCACCACACCAUCUCUCCGGACCAGAUCCAGUUCACUAUUAAUCCCGGGUCCACCCCCAUGCCAAGGAACAUAGAGGGCGCCACCCUCACCCUGCACUCUGAGUGUCCAGAGACGAAGCAGAGAGAGGUGAAACGCUACCAGUGUAUGUUCGAAGGCUGCACGAGGACAUACAGCACGGCAGGCAACCUGCGCACGCACCAGAAGACUCACCGGGGAGAGUAUACAUUUGUGUGCAACCAGCAAGGCUGCGGCAAGGCCUUCCUCACCUCGUACAGCCUCAAGAUCCACGUCCGCGUGCACACCAAGGAGAAGCCGUUUGAGUGCGACGUGCAGGGCUGCGAGAAGGCCUUCAACACACUCUACAGGCUAAAAGCACACCAGAGACUCCACACUGGCAAAACAUUCAACUGUGAAUCCGAGGGAUGCACAAAGUACUUUACAACUCUCAGCGACCUGAGGAAGCACAUUCGCACGCACACUGGGGAGAAGCCAUUCCGGUGCGACCAUGAUGGCUGCGGCAAAGCUUUUGCUGCAAGUCAUCACCUAAAAACCCAUGUACGGACUCACACAGGCGAGAAGCCUUUCAACUGUCCGAGUGAUGGCUGCGAGAAGACGUUCAGCAGCCAGUACAGUCUGAAGAGCCACAUCCGGGGUCACGACAAGGGACAGGCCUUCAGCGUCACCCUCACUCACCCGCUGUCCGAAGAUGCAAAUCAUUCACUGUGCCUCAGUGAUUUAAGUCUGAUCUCUACUGACUCUGCCGAGCUACGAGAGCAAAUUCACAAUGCACAGAAUUUAGACCUGAACAACGUGACCCCUGUGAAAAUCUUUGAGCUCAUGUUCCAAAGUCCUGAAAACAGUGUCAGCCAAGAUGAGGUUCAGCCUAACGAGCAUCUCGCUGAGUCCUUCACCCUGGACACCCCCACCCCGCCGAGGGUGACUGAAGCUUCAUCGCUGAUAUCGUUCUCUCUCAAUCCUGCCUCCUCAUCCUCCUGCUCUCACACAGUCACCGCCACAGAGGUUCUUCCUUCCUCUCAGGCCCUCGCACCUGCCUGCGCCGCCUCCACCGCCACUUCCACGCAGCCACCUACUUUUGUGCACAUCUCCGAGGGGCCUGCCCAAGCUCCCAACCAUGCCACCUCUCAGCACUACGUCACACUGCCAUCAACAUUCCUUCAGCAGGACACCGUCGCCCAACCUACUGCUCUGCCUCCCCCCAUCUCCACUCCCGCUGUAGCAGCCCCGGUCCUGAGCAGCACGGCGCCCAGCACUACUCCGGCCGUGUCUGUCGUCGCAGGCGCCACCUCAGACGCUGUGGGAGCUGUAGCUCAACCCGUGCCUUUGGCCAGCGGCGUCGUUUCCAACUCUGGCCCAGCCACCAUCACCAUAGCUCCAACUCCCAGCCUGCUGCAGCCCGGCCUGGUCAUGUCUGACCAGAACCUCCAGUGGAUCCUGAGCAGUGCCGCUAACAGCAAGCAGAACCCUGAACAAUCACAUCAAGGCGGUCCAAAGGUAGAGAAGGUGUUCUUCACUACAGCCAUACCAGUGGGAGGAAAUGCAGGCAGCUCAGUCCAGCAGAUCGGCUUGAGCCUGCCAGUCAUCAUCAUCAAGCAGGAGGAGUCGUGCCAGUGUCACUGUGCCUGCAGGGACACGGCAAAAGACAAGAGUGCCUCCUCCGUGGUCACCACCGCAGCACAGCCACACCCACCAGAGGGUGCUCCUCCUCCUCCUCCAUCACAGCCCCAAGAGCCCCCGCAACAUCCUGCGGCAACCUCUUCCUCGUGCUGCCUCCCAGAGUCUUCCUCCAAGUUGGGUGACGUCAGGAAGGAGGCCCUCUCUUCCUCCUCGCCUCAGACUUUCUCCACGAUGGUGAGCGGCUCCGCCUCAGUCAACCCCACCUCGUCUCACGGGCUGGCCAACAUGGACGUGUCAGACUUCCUCUCCCUGCAGAGUCCAGAGACGGCUGCCAACAUCGAGGCUCUGCUGCUCGUCACGGACGACUUCAACAUGGCCACUGACGGCAAUGCUUAAAAGAGUGUGUGUUUUGUGAGAUGCCUCGCCUUUCUGCUUAAAAUAGCAUAUGCUUGGAACCUCUGUACCUUCAGUGCAUUCUCCUCUCUGUGGCAUUGUGCGACUUACCUUCACAAAUGUUGAAUUCGUUUGCCGUUUCAGUCUCUUUGCAGUAGUUUGCUCGCUGAAAGUUAACAAAGCUAACGCAGGGAAAAGGCAGUCGAGAAGCUUUUUGUUGCUAAUGAAUAUAUUCAAAUGUGUAUAUAAGUCACAGAUGACACCCAGUCUCAUCGUGCUGUCCUGACACUGAAAUGGUGAAAGAUCCCGUUCCCGCCUGAGCAGGUGUGUGUGUGUGUGUGUGUGUGUGUGUGUGUGUGUACU